AUGUCACGGUAUACCGAUUCGAGAGGAACGUAUCGGUCCAGCAGGCGGUGCUACCAUGAUCAAGCUAGUCUUGGCCUCCUCGGGUCGAGUGGCUUUAUUGAAAGCAUUAUGGCAUGGCCAACUGAGCAGCGUGAUGGUGCAAAUCAGGGAAGCCUCUUCUCUUGCUCUCAGAACAUCUGA